GCUCCUAAAACUCCACUUCAUAUUUUGCACAGCCAGCCACUUGAUUUCCUCCAAGCAAGGAGGAGAGACGAGUCCUUAUCUGAGCUCAUUUCAAACCUGCAAACGGAGGAGAAAUACAACAUAAACCCACCCGACUCCAGCAAAUCGUCGAUUUGCAAAACGGUUUCUUGUCCAUACCGAAUGCGUGUUAAAGAGCGCGAUCGGUGCGGCACACAUCAGGCUGCUUUAUUGCCAUAGCAGCAGCGCGAGCUGCAUGUAGCUGCUACAAGAGCCUCAGCUAGCGACCAAACAAAGAAAACACAGGCAAAUAUAAACCUCGUCUCUUCAAACCGCUUUACUGUUCUUUGAGGAGGAGUAGGCAAGACCCCGAAGACAAAAACUGACAUGAUGUUUCCACAAUCCAGGCACUCGGCUUCAUCACAGCAACUAAAGUUCACGACGUCAGACUCGUGCGACCGCAUAAAGGAUGAGUUCCAGUUCCUCCAAGCACAAUACCACAGUCUGAAGCUCGAAUGUGACAAGCUGGCCAGCGAGAAGUCAGAAAUGCAGCGUCAUUAUAUCAUGUACUAUGAGAUGUCUUAUGGGCUGAACAUUGAAAUGCACAAGCAGGCAGAGAUUGUGAAGAGAUUAAACGGGAUCUGUGCUCAAGUCUUGCCUUACCUGUCUCAAGAGCACCAGCAGCAGGUCCUGGGGGCGAUAGAGAGGGCCAAACAGGUCACCCCACCAGAGAUGAACUCCAUCAUACGGCAACUUCAGGCUCACCAGCUCUCCCAGCUGCAGGGACUGGCUCUGCCCAUGACUCCCCUUCCCCUCGGCCUGAGCCAACCGGCCGGCCUUCCUGCGGUCACCUCCAGCUCCGGCCUCUUCUCCCUCUCCAGUAUUCUGGCCUCGCAGGCCCAGCUGGCCAAAGAGGACAAGAGCACGCGCGAGACCUCCGACAGCCACCGCGAGGAAGACGGAGACAAGUCUGACUAGAUGCCGGCCAGAUCCGUUCUUUCGUCCAAUCAUCCAGAGCUCAAUGUAGAGGCACUUGUUCCAGAUACUCACACAAUUAUAUUCCUUUUUCUUUUCCUUCACACUCUCCCUCCAUCUUUCUGUCCUUCUUCAACAUUGCUACUGUCUUCAGAUGCCCUAACCUCAUUAUUUCAAGUUCAUUCAACCAGCUUUAUAAACGUAUUUUUACACCCCCUUAUUAUUGUGUUGCGGAUGCUUGAUUUUAUUUUAGUUACACUCUUUCUUGCCUGUGUGUGUGUGUGUGUGUGUGUGUGUGUGUGUGUGUGUGUGGUGUGUGUGUGUGUGUGUGUGUGUGUGUGUGUGUGUGUGUGUGUGUGUGUGUAUUUCUUAUCCUCAUAGUGACAAUGGUCUAGAAAAAGGUGUUCUUGUUAAUGGACCAUCUUCCCUCCAGUAAUAAUUCUGUUAAAAUCCCCCUCUCUCUUUUUUUUUUUCACUCGCUCCCUCUUAAAAUCUUUCACCUUUUAAAGCUAUAAUCUACAAUAACUUAGUCAGAAGCACUUUGGCUCCAGGCAGUUACUGUAAAAGCAACAUUGAAUCGAAAAACUUAGUUGCGGCGUAAUCCAUUUAGAGUUUAAAGGAUUGUUGUUGUUUUUUUUCGAAGGCAUGUCUGUUGUUGCAUUGCCUUUUGUAGAAGUAUAUCCUACCUUAAACUGCAAAGUGGGUCACAAUUGGAGCUUGAGAAAACAUUAGAAGGGUGAAUCUUAAAUGUCUAGGUCAUUUUUAACCCCAAAAUCAAAAGUGAAUUUUUUAAUUUUUAUAUUUUCCUUUAAGAAAAUUUAGCAUUUUUGGGACCUUUUACUAUUUUUUGUAUUCCAACACUUUCACGACAAUUAAAGGUAUAGAUCACCCAUGCCAUUCCAGAUGUGUAUGACUUUCUUUCUUAUGCUGAACACAAAUUAAUAUUUUUAGAAGAAUAAUUUUUAGCUCUGUAGAUCCAUACAAUGCAAGUGAAUGGUGACCAGAACUU